AUUCACAAGUAAGACAUUCACGUUCCUUACUAGAAUUCCAUUUAUUGUAAAUUAGAAUUAUGUGAUAAUAUUUACAUACGACUUGCGAGGAGCUCUCUAAAUCUACUAUGAUUGUAAAUUUGUGGGCUCUUAUAGGGAAAACAUAUGUCACAUUGUUAAGGCACCUGCUGACGUGCCAUGGAGGAUCAGAAAACUUGCAAAUGAUGUUGCAUAUAAAGCUAUAAGUUCAUUAGAAGGUGCUGGUGUCUUUGCAGUGGAGUUGUUUUUGACGAGGGAUGGUCAGAUUCUACUAAAUGAAGUAGCUCCAAGACCUCAUAAUAGUGGUCAUCACACUAUUGAGUCCUGCUAUACAUCACAGUUUGAACAGCAUUUGGGGGCUGUUGUUGGUCUUCCUCUCGGUGAUCCAUCCAUGAAAACUCCAGCUGCUAUCAUGUACAAUCUACUGAGUGAGGAUGAAGGGGAGCCAGGUUUCAAAGUGGCACAUCAACUAAUAGCAAGGGCACUGGAGAUUCCAGGAGCUACUGCUCAUUGGUAUGAUAAGCCAGAAAUGCGAAGGCAAAGGAAGAUGGGUCAUAUAACUCUUGUUGGCCCUUCUGUUGGUGUUUUAGAAGCACGGCUGAAAUCAAUGCUGAGGGAAGAAGGUUAUGAAAAUCCGAAUGAAGGUUGAAUUAGAACUGUGCGGACAUAACUGAAAUUGAACCACGUGGAGAAUUGAAACCACCGUUGGUUGGCUUUACUGACAUUUUGGAUCCUUUUUGUUGCUAAAUGCACUUGCACGACGUGUUGGGAUUGUAAUGGGUUCGGAUUCAGAUCUUCCAGUUAUGAAGGAUGCAGCUAGAAUCUUAAAUAUGUUUGGUGUGUCUACUGAGGUUCGGAUAGUCUCAGCACACCGGACCUCUGAACUGAUGAACUCUUAUGCCUCCUCUGCUCGGGAGUGAGGCAUUCAGGUUAUCAUUGCUGGCGCUGGUGGUGCAGCUCACUUACCAGGUAUGGUAGCUUCACUUACACCUUUACCUGUUAUCGGUCUCCCUGUCCGUGCUUCUACAUUGGACGGAAUCGAUUCACUCUUGUCAAUCGUGCAGAUGCCAAGGGGUGUUCCUGUUGCAACGGUUGCAGUAAACAACGCUACAAACACAGGAUUGCUGGCAGUAAGGAUGUUGGGAGUUGGUGAUGCUGAUCUAUUGGCGAGAAUGAAUCAGUAUCAAGAAGACACAAGGGACCAUGUCUUGACAAAAGCUGAGAAGCUACGGAAGGAUGGUUGGGAAGUUUAUUUAAAUCAGUAAGAGUAACGGCUUACUAGAAUUUCUGCUGGGAAUUCACACCAUAAACAAUGAGAUCAAAUAACAACCCUGUCAUGAUCUUUAGCUAAUUUACUAAUGGACUGAGACACCAUAGCUACUACAACCUGUCCAAAACUGGCAUUGGUUCAGUUGGAAAAUAACAACAAUGCAAGGGAAGAAUUGAUGGGAAGAACAGGUGAAAGGGGCAAUGCACAAACCUUUUUUUGCUGUAAGAUCAUUCUUUUCUUGUCUCUCAUUUUGAGUUUAAUAGCUUGAAUUCAUCUAUAUUUUUGUUGAAGUGCAGUAACUUAUUAUUUGUUAAUGGAGAUUUAUUUCAUGUUCAAGACACUGGUUUGUACUGAUUUAUGAACUGCAUUUUGAAGCAAUCAAA